CAGGAUUUGCUCCACCAUGAUAAGGAGUUUGUGUUGGAAAUUUAAGUCUGUGGACAGUGAAACAGAACUUUUGAGUAACACCACGUUGGAAGAUAAGCAGCUUGGUUAUUGGAAGAAGACUUAUAUUGGACAUACAUUGACUGGCAGACAAAAUAGGCUGAAUUAUGUGUUAAAGUCUUUAGAAAAUUGCAGUGGGGUUCCAGGCACAUCCCAAAUUGCAAAGGCUAUUAAAUUGUCUGGAUUGAAAUGGACCAUUACACUCAGGGAUACCAAGGGAAAAGAAUUUGUCUUUGAGCAAAUGGAUAUUUUCUUUAAGGAAAACUCCCUUUCUUUGCUCUGGUAUGGUACACAAUUGCAUUUAUUGGCUUCUCUGACUACAAUACAACUUCAUGGUGUGACUUCUGCAAUUUUUGAUAAAAGCAUGAGGCCUAUGAAAAAUGGUCCAAGGACACGCUCUCUAGUCGCUGAGUAUGACUUACGUAAUUUGGAGAACAGUGUGCAUAUUGGACAGGAUGGACUUGUUAAUCUUCUUUCUCCUUGUCCUGGUCUUUUGCUUGGCAUUUGGAAGGCAUCUUCUGACCUUGCAUUUGUUAUGGUUACUCAUCAUUAUCAUCAGCUUUUUGAGAAAAGUAUUCUUGGAACAACUGAUUUGACAUUUACUAUACCUCAACAUGUCCCUAUACUUGAUGAUAUUGAUCCGCAUUAUGGUCUUCAUGGCUACCAGCUCCAUAUUGACAUGCACAGUGGACCAAGAACCUACUUUUGUGAGACAUUCCCCGGAUUAUUUUGCAGAAGGGAAUACAUUAAGAAUGGUUCUCUUCGACUCAGCGUUAUAGGUAUAAAGAAUAGCAAACAGCAUGCUCCUCUUGCUGGAAAAGUUGGUUUGUUGUGGAGGACAGAUACAUUUGAAUGCUAUAUGAAGAACUGUUUUAUUUUGGACAUUACUUUAUUGGAUGGAAAUAAAAACCCAUUUUGGUGUAUCAGUGCCCCAGUAAACAUUCGUAAAUCAAGGCAACAAGAUUUGCUGUUUGACUUUAUGGGACAAAACUAUUUUCUGAAAUACGAGGAUCCAUUGGGGACCAUUUAUGCUGAUCUUGUCUGGAUGAACGAAACUGAGGAAUUUUACAUAGUAUACAUGAAACUUCACUUAAAUACAGAUAAGGUGAACAGCUGGUUUGGGACACACUACUGAAUUAUGAAAAUGUGACAGUUUUCAUUUCAACAGCCGUAUGAGAUUCAUUCUCCCAAGCUAUAUGUUUUGGAAAAUUAAGAAAUCAUCUUUAGCAGCUGAUAGAAGACACUAAAUAAAGGAAGACUUAUUGAAGACUUGUUAGUUUUGAGCCAAUGUUAAGCUUUACUUCUAUACUUGUUUACAAUACUAUGAAUGCUAAUGUUGCAAGAGGCUUCAUUUAUAUUUUAUGUGAUUACUUUGUUAAAAUAAAAUGUCUUUAAUAGGGUGCAUUUGUCAGAAUGUGUGCCGUCUACUGCACCAAAAAAGAAAAAGUACCUCAGUUGCAAAGAACAAUGCCCAAAACUAAACGU